AUGCCGCCGCGUCGUCAGCGUCUCUCGCCUUCGCAGCCCUCGCCCGCCGCCUCUGCUGCGCCACACGUUGCGCAGCCACGCUCCAGCGCCGCCGCGCCGCCGCCGCAGAUCUUCGCCUCCUCGGAUCCGCUCGCAGGCUCCUCAUCGCCUGCUGGCGAGACGCUUGCUGCCGCCCGCACAAAGGCGUUCCCAGUGCGCAAGGGCGCCAGCUCGCCACAGGAUGAGCUGCCGCGUCGCGCCUCGGCGCGUACGCGCGCGCCCAGUCGACUGGCCGUCGAGGCUGCCGCUGCCAGCUCGGCGUCGCAGCCGCGCAGCAAGAAGCAGCCGCUCAAGCCUCGUGCUCAGCCUGUCGAAGAGCCUCCUGCGAGCGGCAGCGACGACACCGAUGCGCAGCUCCUGCGCGACGCGCUCGAGAUGAGCAUGCAGCAGCUCGACGGCAACGCCAGUACCUCGUCCGUCUCCUCUCCUCUGCGCGUCACUCAGCCGCGCGCGCCUGGCGCAGGCGAUCGCGAUGAGGCUGCAGCGAUGGAGCAGGCGCGCAUUGCCUCGACGCACGAGGCACUCAUGGCGCGACAGAAGCGCACCUUGCUGCAGCAGCCCGGCUCGUCGCCCGCUGCGCGCAAACGCGCACACAAGGAGAACGACUCGUCUGCUGCCGCACUCGAUGAGGGUCCGCUGCACAGCACGCCGCUCGCCUCUCUCCGUCGUGGACCACACUCGGGCGCAGCGCCAAGCAGUCCCUCGCCGCUGCCGCUGCAGCCUCGUAUGCGCUCGCUGCUUGACGACGCCGGCCUCGGUCAGCGUGCCGACAGCUUCGCCUACUCCAGCGACCCUCUACUUGGCAAUGACGAGGUCGCCCUGGUGCCUCUCCGCUCCGCCGUCGGCGAAGUUUCGCUGGCGCGUCAAGCCAUGCAGCGUGCAGCGCAGCCCAGUGGAUCGUCUGCGCGACAAGCGCCGCGCGUGCAGCCGCCGCCUCAGCGACCUUUGACGACGGAGGAGGAAGGCGGACGCUUUGCGCUCAUCCGAGAGAGCGUCCGGGAUGGCACGGUAGAGGAGAACGUGGCGCGUCUACUCGGCACCGAGACAUCUCGUCGAGCCUCGGAGCUGCUGCGCUCGCAGGACGAGGAGGAAGAAGAGGCGGUCGAUGAGGUGGCUGGCAAGCACGGCGGAGGGGCGGAGGAGGAGAUCCGCUGGGAAGAAGCAGAUCUUGAUCCAUUCGGCUUCGAAGAGGCGGAACGCAGAGUGCGCGAGCGUCGCGAGAUGAAGCUCCAUGCACAGGAGAUGCAACUUGCGCUCGACGAAGUGGCGCAGGAGCCCGAGUCGCCAUUAGCACAGUGCCCCGACUUCGAGGAGCUCGAGGCGCAAGAGCAAGAAGAAGAAGAGUCGACUUCGCCGCCGCCCUUCCUGCCGCCGCCUGCCGGCAGUCUCUCGACACGUUCGUCGCCCGUACAGCUGCUCGAGGAACUCUCUACUCGUCCGCCAGCCGCAGCUCGCGCUGCCGCUCCAGCAGUGGCUUCCUCCGCCAGCUCGCGCCGCAGCUCUCGUCUGGCGACGCGCGUGGAGAAGCUUGCCUCGCCCAGCGCUCGGCGCACAAGCGGGCGCACGCGCGUCACCUCUAUCGCUGCGUCUCUGUCCCUCGUCACCAGCGAGCGCGGCGACGCUUCGUCGGCCGCAUCGGCGCCAGAGUCGAGCACCGAUUCAGCGUCCGAAGCUUCAUCAGACGAUGGACUCGCCUUCGAGCCGCGUGCACGCGCCAAGACGUUUGCGUCGCAGUCGAACGGCAAAGGCAAGACCAAGUCCUCUUCGCCGCUCAAGACGGGCCGUAGGGCAGUCAAGAACACGUAUGCCUCGCGGGCGCGCGAGCCUUUGCGCGUCGAGCAGAUGCGAGAGUUCUUGCCGAAGCGCAGAGUGGAGCCGAAGAGUGCUGCGAGCAGCAAGAAGGGCGGGAAGAAGCAGAAGAUGAUUAGGAUCUCCGACAGCGAGGGAGAAGGGCAGGAAGAGGAUGAGAACGAGGAGGAGAGCGACGAUCCCAGCGAUCUGAGCGAUUCGAGACCGCCUGGAGGAAGCAAGGGCAAGGGCAAGGCUGCUGCGAGCACCGCCAAAGGCAAGGGCAAAAAGCCGGCGCCCAAGCGCGCAGCCAAAGCAGCCAAGCAGGCGCCGCAGAAGAAAGCUGCGUCUGCGUCGUCGCGCAAGCGCAAGGGAGGCGCGUCUAGUGAUGCGGAGGAAGAGGAGCAGCAGCAGAGCGAAGGCGAGGCCGAUGCAGACACGCCUCGCACGCAAGCACGCAAGCGCCGCAUCAAGGAGUUUGAGGAGAUUGACAAGAUGCAGCUUGCGACUGAGCUUGUCGUCUAG